CAUCGAAUCUCCGAUUCUUCAAGUUCCGUUAAAGAGUCGGAUUUUAUCGGGCUAUGUUCUAUUUCAGGUGAGGGAUCAGGAAUAAUCGUUUCUUCAGGAAUGUUAGUAUCCUCACUCUGUGAGUCGAUAGGUCGCGGAAUAUCUUUGUAG